UCUUUUUUUCCUUAAUCCUUACUCUCCCUUUCAGGACCGUUCACUCGUCGGCAGGCUCCAACAGAUUGGCUCCUCGAACAGGGACCUGAAAACGGGGGACCAAGUGAAGGACACCGUGGAUUACAAGAUUCCAGAGCUGAGUGGUUGCCAACCCGACUUCGGAAACUGAGAGAUGGCUAAGAAGUCCCGCACUCAGAAGUUUCUGCAAGUUUUCAAAUUUUCCCUUUUCCUUUUGCUGAAGAAGAAGACAAGCACAUUAAUACUUAUAGCUUGGCGGUGAGGGGAUUCCCUAUUUUCCCAAGAUAUGAUUCUCAUUGUUUAUCUUAUACACAUGAGGUUUGGGGAGUGAGGUAUAAUCGUUCUUCUUUUGUAGCAACUACAGUUCUUAUUUCUGCAAGAGGCUUUAGAGGGAAAGUCAAUAAUAUCUCUGAGACCACUUCUACCCUGUUAUCUAUUUGCCCACUCCCUAAUGUAGAUCCUGGAAUGCAAUAAUUGGUAUGGACUCAUUGUCAAGGAGAAUAGCCUAAGAUAUUAUUAAAACAUACAGACUUGAAAAUAGUGGAUUGGAGCCCUCAUGGAGACUUUAUUAAUAAAUUUUCAAAAAUACCUUUAAGAUGGCUAAUGGUUCUUUGAAAGGAAAUGGCAAUGAAACUGUUAUUUGGCAUGAUGGAGGAUUAACCCCUCCUAUGCCGCAUUUGUUGGGAGAUACAAACUCUCAAGGCCAUUUAUGGAAAUUAUUAACAUCUGGGGAGCCAAUUAAAACCUGGAUUGGCAAUAUGUCUAUCAAUAUUUCUAAUACUGUUGCACCUAUUAGUAUAAAUCUUCAUAUUAAUGCUACUCGGUAUAUUCAAGCUUGUGUGAAAAUUCCUUAUGUUAUUUUAUCAGGAGAUAUUACUUGGAAUUCUAGUACAGGGGUUUUGACUUGUUCUUCAAAUUGUACUUUACAACAUUGUGUAAAUUUUACCUGGUGGAAAACUUCUAGCCAAACCAGAGACAGUUUGUAUCUUGUUAAAGUACGUCCUAAGAUUUGGUUGCCUGUUAAUUUAACUCAACCCUGGAGUGAAUCUGUGGGAGUAAUGCAGAUCUACAAUGCCUUGACUGAAUUGACCCAUCGAGUGAAAAGAAUGAUUGGACUGAUAAUAGCCACAGUGAUUGGACUUGUAGCUGUAGCAUCUACUGCAGCAGUGGCGGGAGUUGCUUUGCAGCAAGAAAUACAAACAGCAGACUUUGUUCGAGGGUGGCAUAAAGAUUCUCAUCUGUUGUGGCAACAACAACAUGACAUUGAUGCUCAAAUAGCUGAAGACAUCGCCAACUUACAACAAACAGUGUUGUGGAUGGGAGAUCAGGUAUCUGUGUUAGCUACUCGAGUUAUGCUUCGAUGUGACUGGAACACCUCUUAUUUUUGUAUUACUCCUGUUCCGUAUAACGUUAGUAAGGAUUGGAAAAAUAUUAGAAAUUUAUUAAUUGGACAUAAAAAUGUAUCUUUAGAAAGUCAGUUAUUAGAAUAUCAAAUUGGUGAAACUUUCAUUAGACAAUUACCCAAACUUAUUGGUAAUGAAAUUUUUUCAGGGAAUUGGUAAGAGACUGUCUUCUAUUAACCCUUUGGAACAAGCAAAUGCUUUAUUAUCUUUAACCAUUGAUAGUGUUAUUCUAUUAAUCAUUAAGGUUAUGGUUGAAUUAUUGGCCUUAAGUACAAAGUUACAUGAAGUAUGCCUGUGUACUUCGCCCCCUCCCCAAACGGGGGCAUAAGGCAGAGGCUGGUUAGUCAGAGAUGGGUAAGAUUGAGUCCAAGUCUCUCAACCUAAGACAGGUCAUCGUCACCUGGAGGACUGUGGCUGAUGACGGGUCAGAGUGAUUUCGGGACUCGACAACCUAAGACAGGCACAGUCAUCUGAUGGCGUUUUGAGUAAAGACUUGUCUUCAGUAACUAAAAAAGGGGGAGAUGUUGAAGGCCAUUAAGACUCAGCCUUGAAACGGCUGAGAAGUCUCAUGACCCAAGUAUCAGUAUCUGCUGUUUGCUUCUGCGCCUUGACAUUGAGACUAAGAAAAAGAACAAGGACAUAUGCGAGUUCUGGGAAAUCAGGAUGGUUAAUUUUAUCAAGGAUGCUUGCUUUGGAAAAACAUAGAGUUGUUGAUAUGUAGCCAAUGUGCUUGAUUAACAAUGAGAAAAAUAUAACCCCGGGUUGUUUCUGCAUGUAUAGAAGGAAGAUGUAGAAUAAA